AUGAGCGGUUGGGAAAACUUAUAUAAUAUUGCAACAGGUGAUUAUCAUAAUGAAAACCUCAAGGAUUCAUACGAUAACUAUUUGAAAACUGCCAAUGCGUUACUUUAUAAACUAGGAAAUGAGGUUACUUUCAUCAGCAGAGAAAGUAUUAAAUCAAAACCCCAUAAUAGUGCUCGUUUGUUUAGUCAACUUAAAACAUGUGUACAAAAAUUAGAAGAUAUUCUUCAAAAUAAAGUUACAGUAGGCAACCUCCCUUCACCACAACCUUCUUCCAUUUCUGAUUUUGCUCCUACAUUAAAAAACACAACUCCAACACCAUUACAUUUACCGCUUAUUCCAUUUUCUCCUCUAUCAAGAAAUGCAUUACAAUAUUCUCAAGAUCUAGAAGCGGCUAAAGAAAAAAUCAAUAAUAUCAAACAACGAAAUCCUCAAAGAAAAAAUGAUGAUGAUGACAAUUCUCAUCUUAGUCAGCUUCGUAGCAUAGAGGACGAAAUAAGAACCAUCGAAUCAAAAACUGAAAAGCUCAACAAAGAAAUCAACUUGGUUUCUGAAGUAAAUUUACUUUACUGGGAUGCUGAUGCUGUUGCAGCGCAGUUGACGAUAAUUGAUUGUGAUCUAUUUAGAAAAAUUGAUUUCAAAAAAGAUUUUCAAACAAAAGAUAAAAAAAAUUCAAAACCACAAGCUUGUCUCGAUUUUCAUCGUUAUCUAACCAACAGUUUUUCACAUCAGCUUAUCACUUUUGAUAAUGUCAAAUCAUCUGGAAGUCUUUCACGUGGUAAUGGCGCUCAGCAUCCACGUGAAAGUAUAAUUGCUCAUGCUGUAAGAAUAUCUUAUUACCUGUUAAACGUUUAUCGUAAUUUUAAUAGCUUUGCUGCAAUAAUUAAAGCUUUGAUAUCACCAGAAGUGCGCAGAAUACGUAGGUUAUGGAGUAACAUACCUGCUCGCACAAAUCAAAUCCUAAAAGAACUAUCCAACCACAUCAAACCAGACAAUGACUACAGUGCAUACAAGGAAAUUUUAUUUCAAAAAUUAGAAUCAUUCCGUGAAGGGAAUCAAGAAACGGUAGUUAUUCCAUGGAUGCAACCUCAUUAUGAGGAAAUUAAGCAAAUCAAUCAAUCUUACGGCACUGGAAAAUCAGGUGGCGACUCUUCAGAAAUUGUACUCUCCCCUCCAGGUGCUCGUAAAUCAAAGUUGAUUUGCUCAUUGCUUGAACAAUGUCAAUUAAAUAUCAUUUCACAAGAACUGGAUGGCGAUGAGCUAGCUUUCAGCCGCAAGACCACCGCUAACACUUCUACCUCUCGUACAAUCAACAUAGAUGGUGUGAAUAUUAAGCUACCGUAUGAUCUUUCAAAGCUAGGAGUGGGAAAUUUAAGUGUACAUCAUUGGCUGGUAUCACGUGUUUACCUUAAUAAACAACAAUUGAUUGAUGAAAGUAUUUUCAUUGAACCAUUGAUUGAAAAUGAACUUCUUCCUUCAGCAAUACAAAUCCCACAAACAAAUAAACCAACAAGUGCUUUCGUCUCACCUGCCCCCAGCCUUAAUCCAAAUGCAUCAGUAUUUAUCCCUCGAUCACACAAUAGUCUUACCAGUCCAUCACCGGGACCAUUGCCAGACAUGGAUAAUAGAAUGAGUAUGUCAGUUGGGGUUAUUCCAACCAAGAACCUUAAUGCUAAAUAUGAUUCUGGGUAUAAAUCUGAUGAAGAUGUUGGUGAUAUUUCUGAUAAUAGAAAACAUGGUGAUAAUUCUGACGAUAGUGACGUAGAUGAUGUUGAAGUUGACGAAGACGAUGUUUUGAGCGAUGGUAUUUUUAAAUACGAAUCUUGCAACAAAUCAAAUGAUGACAAUAAAGAUGAUAAUGAUAACGAUGAUGAUAAUGAAGAAAAUAUUCAAAAAGAUGAUGAUAGUCAAGAAAAUGGUAUCAUUGCCAACGAUGGCAAAAUUGAUUUGACAAAUGGUAAAAAAGAUGUUAUUGAAAAAAUUGAUCAAAAUUUAAAUUUCGACGGGACUCCAAAUAUUAAUAUUAAAAUCAAUCAAAUAUAUUCAUCAUCACCUUAA